AGAUUGAUCAUAUUUAAAUCUCAAACGAUGGAAGCCAAUUCUAACAGAAUAAGCUUUGUGAACCCAACUCAGACCCCACAAUACGGUUUAAAUGAAGAAUUCAAAGGAGAUCCACAGUCAACGAUUAAAAGUCCAGAAACGCGGCUUCCUGCCAAGUAUGAACGUUUUGCUCCACAGAUGACUACAUACUACACAUUCCCUCCAGCGAACCCGGCGUUUUUCUCGCAACCGAUGUAUCCCCAAAGUUCGUGGAUUCCGGAAACUCAAAAUCCUUUAGUGUAUUUUCAAGGUGCUCCCGUGGUGCAGGAUUAUUCUACAUUUUCAUCAGCCCCAUACCCAUCUCAACCACCCAAUAAUUGGAAUGUUCAGAAUUUUACAAGCUACCAAUAUGCAAACCAAAAUCACCCAGCACAACUGCCACAUCAAAAAUACUACAAUUCCGAGCAAUAUGCUUUACAAAGUCAGCCAUGUAAUCAAUACCAAAUGAACAAGUUGUGUUGUGUAUCUCCUCCUUAUCAGUACCAACCAAGGACUCCAAAUGCUCAAAGCUCGCCGAACCUGAAGGACCUGAAUUAUUUGGAUCAUUUGACUCCGUUUUUAUUCCCACCGGACAUUACUUCUCAAUACAGAAAACAUAAUUGCCGAGGAAACAACCGUAACUCCAAGACUAGCAAUUUCCGGAGAAACGACAGGAAAAACCAACAUGGCCAUAACCAAAACCGUUCAAAUCAAGUAUCCAGACAGCAUUUGCCAAACAAUAAUGCAUCAUCUUCAUCCUCCUCAUCAGGUGUCGUUUCCGAAUUACCGCUGUCUCCUAACAAGACUGAGCUUAAAAUUGUCAUAUCUCAUGGAAAUGAAACAGUUUGUGUUCUGAAAACAAAAGAUAUUGAUGGAUGCAACGCUCAACAACUUUCGAAUGUUGUUGAAAUUCCUAUGGUACUUGCUCCCUCCCUCUCAAUACAAUCUACUGACUCGUUCAACUCGGCUUACGAAGAUGCCGAAGAAUCUUUAAUUCAACCACAAACUAAAAAGAAUGAAGGUGACGCUUAUGGAAAAUAUAAUUCAACGCUCACAAAUUGUCAAACAAGGAACCAAUCGGAGAAAAUGAAAUCAUCGCAAUGCUUGAUCGCAGAUGUCGCCGAGAAUGAGAGCCCGAAUGAGACAGGGCCUGCUGAAUUCAAUAUUUUUUGUACUGUACCGGAACAAUCUUCUAAACGCUCAGAGCCCGACGUUAUAGUUUCUGCUGCAAAAUCAGUUACUGAAGUUGAAAAUACAAUACUUGCUGAACAUGAUACCGCUACUGCUGAAAACUUUUCGAACAACGAUGAACCAAUUCUUCUUAGCGUUACUAAUCUUCACGAUGAAACAAAUAACAAAUCAAUAGAUGUAUCACUGAAUCACCCAUUGCCACCUUCGACAGAAACUGGAGUUGUCAGCGGCAAAGUUUCACAAUUGGAGGCACCAAUCAGUACAAUUGUGCAGGAAACGAUCCGAAUCCUCGCCGAGAGAAAUCUACUCCGUGACAUCAAUGACUUUCAUCAAGAAAUACAUUUGAAUGUCAUGCAAGAAAAUAUUGGACAGUCUCUAGAUCAUGCUGCAAUAGAAAAUGAGGAACAUCCAGAAACUGAAAGUUCCUUUGAAAGUUCAAGCGGUAGUUCCAACCCUUCUGUCCCCAUUGAGAUUGAUCAAAAAAUGCAAUUCAACAAAAACAAUCCAUGGGAAAAAUUGGAACAAUAUACUCCACCUUCAAUCAUUAUAGUCUCGUGCGCAGAUUCUUCACAAAGCCCACACAAAGCUUCAACUCUCAAAAACCCCGGUUACGGCUGCUGUUCGGGCAUUGGCAAGAAAUCAAAAUACAAUAAGAAAGUUGACAAGAAAGAAGUUCUCCACUUGACAAACUUUCAACUAAACUAAGCAACGGAGCUGUGCGUUUCAUUCUAUCUGUUUUUGUGUUUUUUAGCUCAUUCUCAUUUUCCUGUAUUCUUCAAUUACUUUGUUUGUAUAAUUUUCGUUUAGCAAAAUUUGGAAUCCCAGUUCGAAAUCCGGCCACACAAAUCUUCUCUUCAACAUUAUGUGUAUUCAACAGCAACCUUUCCAUGUUUUCUCUUGAAUAUCAACUUUUUACGGUCAAAGUUGAUCAAAAUAAAAUGUAUCUU